UUAGCGAUGGCAGUGCAUGCGCAAGAACAAAGUCGCAGAAAAUGCCAGAAAACUUUUCUUCAGUUUAUUUCGACAUUCAGUUGUCUGAAAUUUUAUGGUAACUUCAGUUUUUUUGUAAUUAUUGCAAUUUUAUUUUCCGCAAUCCCGUUUACUGAAGAGCAGUACACUGGAGCAACGUAUAAUUCAACAAACUACAAUGGAUCGUAUAACAAUUACGCCUACGGUCAACCAUAUUCCUACGCGUAUCCGUACCCAGUGGCGGGCCGAGGCAUCGAUUAUGGCGCGUACAAUAACUUCUGUAAUAACGUCAGCAACUUCUACCUGACCAUCAAUAACACCAACGCCGUCACCAAUACCAACGAGAACAACCAAGCCCAGGUGAUGAAUGAGAACAAUUUGAAUAACCCCUACAACAUCUCCGUCAAGACAUACAUUUAUGGACCCUUGUGUACCUUCUACGCCGGGGUGGUGUAUCCUCCGGCCCCGCCUCCACAGCCCAUCCAGUACAUUAUCUAUCAAAUGCCACCCCAAGAGCCGGAAGAAGUAGAGGAGGAAGACGAUGAAGGUCCGGAGAUUGAGGUUAUCGUGGACGACGGGAACGCGACGGAUGACAGUGCCAAGCCGCCGGUGCAGAGGCCGGCACCCUAUGUGCCUCCCCCGGCGUCCGUAUCGGAGUUUGAGCCGCCGCCGGUUCCGCAGUAUGGGCCGGCAGUGGGACAGUACGCGUCGCAGGUGACGGAAUACGACGCCGCCGGCUCUGAUUAUUCCGAAUACCAGAGCCAAACCAACCCUUACGUCCAGUACCCCGCUCCCAGUGCCCCGGCCGAAUACAGCGCAUCACCUUAUCCCUCUCCCCCCGUAUACGACGCCCGUAUGAGCAUCCGGCAGCUUCCAUUUACGACCGCCAAUUCCCCGCUGAAUUACCGCCAUUCUGACGCGUCUUUAUUGCGCCGCCGACCGGGUACAGGGUCGUUAUAUCGAGGCCCGGUUACUGCAAUCCCGCGUAAUUCCCAUCGUGUCCGCACGCAAAAUAAUCCUCUUCCGCAGCAGCAGCGCUUCACUCCCCAUCGAUCCACAUCAUCCAACCUGGGAUCGUUAUUUGCGUAACAAAACGCGCUGUGCCGCGAUCGCCGGCGUAAUUACACCGCCAAUCAAGCCGGCAUUAUCAUAAUCCGCAUCAUGAUGUUUUAUAUCGCAUUCGCUUAGACUAAAAGCCGUUGUCACAUCAUCCGCUUUGAUCGUUCGUUUCACCGAUUCUUGCUAUCGCUUAAUGGAGACAGCAACGUCCAGUGUAAUCUUUUAAUAGACCGAUCAGGACUUUAAUCUUUUCCUUCGAGCAUAUUUCGCAAAUAUCAAGGAUCGUCCUGGGCUGAUUCAUAUCCGGUUUGUCCCUAUAUUUUUUAACACUAUCAUGACCCUCUUAGUGCAAAGUGUUCCCGGUACGUCUUGCCCUGUUGCUGUCGUCGCGCUGGUUGCGGGAUAAUAAACGAUGACCUUUACUGUUGCGUUCUGCCUGUGUUUGAUCGUGUGCUGGGAUGUUGUGGAGUAUAGUGAUGGCUUUGCACUGCGUCUGUUCCGCACCACGGAUAUGACCCAGGGGAAUGUCCGGGAUGGGGAGGGGGGACACGCCGGGCCCCGCAUACCCGUGGUGACUGGCGACAUGCAGAGCCUGUCCCGGUCACGCGACAUCCCGGUGUUCGCUCCGGGCGUCGUCUUCGCCACCACCCCCACCACCACGACCACCACCACCACACCGGCACCGACCACCAUCCGUCCCGUACUCGCCGGCAUCUUCCGCCCGGCCUCCUCACCCCUCCCGCCCGGCACAUCCGCCGGCCGUUGCGGCGCCUACGAAGACUGCAAACGCCAUCUGAUCCGCUUCUUCAUGAUGGCCAUGCUAGCCCGCGAAAAGGACCCCCUGGCGGCGUUCCGCCUGUUCGGCCGGCUGAAGAGCAUCCCCAUGGGGUCGUCCCUGCGGGCCGGCUCCUUGCGGAUGUUCCGGCCGGCCUUCAACGCCAGCCAGCCCAGCAUCCUCCCGCCGAAACUGAAGACAUUGAAGCUGCCGGUGCUUAAUGCGGAAAACAUGGAUUUUGCGAAGAUCUUCAAGGGCGGGAAGCCCAUUCUUCUUCAUCCGCGGUCCGUGUUCACGCCCUGGCCGGAAGCGGAUAAAGAGGCACGGUGGGAAUCGUCGGGCGCUUACUGAAUUUAUUAUACGCUAUGCUUAUUAGUGGAACAUGCUCAGAGCAGACUUGUGUUUUUCGGUGACCUUUUGCACUCACUAUAGUAGU